UUUAAGAGAAUGGUUAGCAUUUUAUGUCUGCCAUGAUAUACUAUUUAGAUCACGGAAGUCUAUCUUCCAAAAUUUGGACACUAUGUGGUUGGUGCUGCCUUUUAUGAAUGCAACUGCAAACACAAUCAAUCGUUUUGUUGCCAUAUGAUCACGUUCUUUUUCGUAUGGGGCUAGAUAUGGAAGGUUACUUGAGAUGCGUUGCUUUGUUCUAGUUUUCAGGAUAUUUGAAUUGCUGCAGUGCUGCAAUCGAGAAACGUGCUCUAUCGCUUCAAGUAACGCGUGACUUUAGGCAUACUUCUGCAAAACAGUUUGCUUCCGGUCACCUUAUAAAAGUUUGUUUCAAUCAAGCGCACACGCUUAGUGAACGAACAGCCAUGUGGCUCUUAAUACUGUUUCUGCCACUGGUUCAUCCGUUGGUGGCAGGAUAUUCUAUAAUCGAGAACCCACCGAAGGAGUCUUCUUGCGAUCAAUGCAAACCCAAUGAAGAGUUGAGAGAAGUUCUACCGUGUUGCGAGCCUACAUGUGACAACGACUGCUCAAGAGUGAACUGUGGAGACAGUCCCAUCUUUGUGCCGUCUUGUGUGUGCGAAUCAGGAUUCGUUAGACAUGAAGGAGAAUGUAUCUGCCCUUCGCAGUGCCCAGCUACAGAGCGACCUUUGUGUUCUUGUCCACCGAACGAAGAGCUUCUACCUACGCCGCCAUGCUGUGAGCCAACCUGCGGAAGGAACUGUACUGAAGACUGUCGAGCUGAGCUGGUCAAUCAACCGACAUGCGUUUGCAUUCCGGGUUACGUACGGCACGAGGGCUGUUGCAUCAAAGCGGAUCAAUGUCCAACCUGCGGGCCGUACGGAAGGUAUAGCGAUUGCACACCAUGCUGCGAAUCAACUUGCACCAUGGACUGUUCCAGAGUACUUUGUAUAGCGGGUUGCAUAGGCCCUCCGACCUGUCUUUGCCAAACUGGCUACGUGAAGCACAAUGGAGUGUGCAUAAAGAGGGAACUGUGUCCCAAGGAUUGUACCACUAGUGAGCCAAUGCUCAGUCAUGAUAAUAGUCCGGAGGAUUUUCCAUUCGGGAGAUUCCCAGCAAUGGUAUACAAAUAA